CGGCCUUGCAGGGACACCAGUCAUUGCAGACCAGUGAGUGUGCUCACAGCCCGGCGAGAGGGCAGCCUCAGGGAUGCGGGCCCAGGGAAGGCAGCCACUUGCCGGUGCUGUCGGGGAACAGCCCGAGAGGGCCCCACGCGGCCAGCCGCAGCCGAGCAGAAGGGUAAACGAGAGCCAGCCAGCUGGAAGGAAGUGGGAGCCACCGCAGGUUCUUGAGCAGGGGCGUGAUGGAACGUGAGGACUGUUGGAGGCACCAUCAGAAGGCGGCUCUGGGCAGUGUCUGCACCGUGUCCCAAGCUGGAGCCCCCACCCCUGACCAUGUAGAUGCCGGCUCCCGGAAGCAGCAUGGGCCCCACUGAAUGGAGACUCCUGGGUCUGCAGCCCUGAGCCCCUCCGGCCCCUGGACCUCGCCCCGCGCCUGGGGACGCCCCUCGGAGCCCACCGCCACUGUCGCCAGCCCACCUCGGCCGCCCCCUGGAGCUGGCCGCCUGCAGCCACAGCUGUCCAGUGAGGCUGUGCUAGGGACAGCCACGCAGAGCCAUCGGCCAGCGGCCUCCUGUGCAGUGCUGACCCUUGGGCCCGCCCCGAGCGGGGACUGCGGCAGACAUGGGUGACAUGACCAACAGCGACUUUUACUCCAAAAACCAAAGAAACGAGUCCAGCCAUGGGGGCGAGUUUGGGUGCACGAUGGAGGAGCUGCGCUCCCUCAUGGAGCUGCGGGGCACUGAGGCCGUGGUCAAGAUCAAGGAGACCUACGGGGACACUGACGCCAUCUGCCGACGCCUCAAAACCUCCCCUGUCGAAGGUUUGCCGGGCACUGCUCCAGACCUGGAGAAGAGAAAGCAGAUUUUUGGGCAAAACUUUAUACCUCCAAAGAAGCCAAAAACCUUCCUGCAGCUCGUGUGGGAGGCCCUGCAGGACGUGACGCUGAUCAUUCUGGAAAUCGCCGCCAUCAUCUCCCUUGGGCUCUCCUUCUACCACCCGCCUGGCGAGAGCAACGAAGGAUGUGCGACGGCCCAGGGCGGGGCAGAGGAUGAAGGGGAGGCAGAGGCGGGCUGGAUCGAGGGAGCCGCCAUCCUCCUGUCGGUCAUCUGCGUGGUCCUGGUCACCGCCUUCAAUGACUGGAGCAAAGAGAAGCAGUUCCGGGGCCUGCAGAGCCGCAUUGAGCAGGAGCAGAAGUUCACUGUGGUCCGGGCCGGCCAGGUGGUCCAGAUCCCUGUGGCUGAGAUCGUGGUUGGGGACAUCGCCCAGGUCAAAUAUGGCGACCUCCUCCCUGCCGACGGCCUCUUCAUCCAGGGCAACGACCUCAAGAUCGAUGAGAGCUCCCUGACAGGGGAGUCUGACCAGGUGCGCAAGUCGGUGGACAAGGACCCCAUGCUGUUGUCAGGUACCCACGUGAUGGAGGGCUCUGGACGGAUGGUGGUGACUGCCGUGGGUGUGAACUCUCAGACUGGCAUUAUCUUUACCCUGCUGGGGGCCGGUGGUGAAGAGGAAGAGAAGAAAGACAAGAAAGGUGUGAAGAAGGGGGAUGGCCUUCAGCUACCAGCGGCCGAUGGUGCGGCAGGUUCAAAUGCUGCAGAUAGUGCAAAUACCAGCGUAGUCAAUGGUAAAAUGCAGGAUGGCAAUGCGGACGCCAGCCAGAGCAAAGCCAAACAGCAGGACGGGGCGGCCGCCAUGGAGAUGCAACCCCUCAAGAGUGCCGAGGGGGGAGACGCUGAUGACAAGAAGAAGGCCAACAUGCACAAGAAGGAGAAGUCCGUGCUGCAGGGCAAGCUCACCAAGCUGGCUGUGCAGAUCGGCAAGGCGGGCCUGGUGAUGUCAGCCAUCACGGUGAUCAUCCUGGUGCUCUACUUCACUGUGGACACCUUCGUGGUCAACAAGAAGCCGUGGCUCCCUGAGUGCACACCUGUCUACGUGCAGUACUUCGUCAAGUUCUUCAUCAUCGGUGUGACGGUGCUGGUGGUUGCCGUGCCCGAGGGGCUCCCUCUGGCCGUCACCAUCUCCCUGGCCUACUCAGUGAAGAAAAUGAUGAAAGACAACAACCUGGUCCGCCACCUGGACGCCUGCGAGACCAUGGGCAACGCCACGGCCAUCUGCUCGGACAAGACGGGCACCCUCACCACCAAUCGCAUGACGGUGGUGCAGGCCUACGUGGGCGACGUCCACUACAAGGAGAUCCCCGACCCCAGCUCCAUCAAUGCCAAGACCAUGGAGCUGCUGGUCCAUGCCAUCGCCAUCAACAGCGCCUACACCACCAAGAUCCUGCCCCCGGAGAAGGAGGGCGCCCUGCCCCGGCAGGUGGGCAACAAGACGGAGUGCGGCCUGCUGGGCUUUGUGCUGGACCUGAAGCAAGACUACGAGCCCGUGCGCGCUCAGAUGCCCGAGGAGAAGCUGUACAAGGUCUACACCUUCAACUCCGUGCGGAAGUCCAUGAGCACCGUCAUCAAGCUGCCGGACGAGAGCUUCCGCAUGUACAGCAAGGGCGCUUCGGAGAUCGUGCUCAAGAAGUGCUGCAAAAUCCUCAACGGGGCAGGUGAGCCUCGGGUCUUCCGGCCCCGCGACCGGGACGAGAUGGUGAAGAAGGUGAUCGAGCCCAUGGCCUGCGACGGGCUCCGCACCAUCUGCGUGGCUUACCGCGACUUCCCCAGCAGCCCUGAGCCCGACUGGGACAAUGAGAACGACAUCCUCAAUGAGCUCACCUGCAUCUGCGUGGUGGGCAUCGAGGAUCCCGUGCGGCCCGAGGUCCCGGAAGCCAUCCGCAAGUGCCAGCGAGCAGGCAUCACGGUCCGCAUGGUCACCGGUGACAACAUCAACACAGCGCGGGCCAUCGCCAUCAAGUGUGGCAUCAUCCACCCCGGGGAGGACUUCCUGUGCCUCGAGGGCAAGGAGUUCAACCGAAGGAUCCGCAACGAGAAAGGGGAGAUUGAGCAGGAGCGGAUCGAUAAGAUCUGGCCAAAGCUGCGGGUGCUGGCUCGCUCCUCGCCCACGGACAAGCAUACCCUGGUCAAAGGCAUCAUCGACAGCACGCACACGGAGCAGCGGCAGGUGGUGGCCGUGACGGGGGACGGCACCAACGACGGGCCUGCGCUCAAGAAGGCCGACGUGGGCUUCGCCAUGGGCAUCGCAGGCACGGACGUGGCCAAGGAGGCCUCGGACAUCAUCCUGACAGACGACAACUUCAGCAGCAUCGUCAAGGCGGUGAUGUGGGGCCGCAACGUCUACGACAGCAUCUCCAAGUUCCUGCAGUUCCAGCUGACCGUCAACGUGGUGGCCGUGAUCGUGGCCUUCACGGGCGCCUGCAUCACGCAGGACUCCCCCCUGAAGGCCGUGCAGAUGCUCUGGGUGAACCUCAUCAUGGACACGUUCGCCUCCCUGGCGCUGGCCACUGAGCCGCCCACCGAGACCCUGCUCCUGAGGAAGCCGUAUGGCCGCAACAAGCCCCUCAUCUCUCGGACCAUGAUGAAGAACAUCCUGGGCCAUGCCGUCUACCAGCUCACCCUCAUCUUCACCCUGCUCUUCGUCGGUGAGAAGAUGUUCCAGAUUGACAGCGGGAGGAACGCACCCCUGCACUCACCGCCCUCCGAGCACUACACCAUCAUCUUCAACACCUUCGUCAUGAUGCAGCUCUUCAACGAGAUCAACGCCCGCAAGAUCCACGGCGAGCGCAAUGUUUUCGACGGCAUCUUCCGGAACCCCAUCUUCUGCACCAUCGUGCUGGGCACCUUUGCCAUCCAGAUAGUGAUCGUGCAGUUUGGGGGGAAGCCCUUCAGCUGCUCCCCGCUGCAGCUGGACCAGUGGAUGUGGUGCAUAUUCAUCGGGUUAGGAGAGCUUGUCUGGGGCCAGGUCAUCGCCACCAUCCCGACCAGCAGGCUCAAGUUCCUCAAGGAGGCGGGCAGGCUCACGCAGAAGGAGGAGAUCCCCGAGGAGGAGCUCAACGAGGACGUGGAGGAGAUAGACCACGCCGAGCGCGAGCUGCGGCGGGGCCAGAUCCUGUGGUUCCGAGGUCUGAACCGGAUCCAGACGCAGAUCCGCGUCGUGAAGGCGUUUCGUAGCUCUCUCUAUGAAGGUCUAGAAAAGCCUGAGUCUCGAACCUCCAUCCAUAACUUCAUGGCUCAUCCUGAGUUCCGGAUCGAAGAUUCGCAGCCCCACAUCCCCCUCAUCGACGACACCGACCUGGAAGAAGAUGCCGCGCUCAAGCAGAACUCGAGCCCGCCCUCGUCGCUCAACAAGAACAACAGCGCCAUCGACAGCGGGAUCAACCUGACGACCGACACAAGCAAAUCAGCUACCUCUUCAAGUCCAGGGAGCCCCAUCCACAGCCUGGAGACGUCGCUUUAGCUGAGGAACCCCCCCACAACCCCGCCGCCACACCACACCCACCCCCUACCCGGGCAGCCACCCAUCCAGGCACCUGACUGACCCAAGCAGCAGCGAGCAACAGCAGGAAAAAAAAAAAAAAAAUACUGGCGAGAACACCGAUUCCACCCAGCAGACCCUUUUUUUUUUUCUGGCUGAGAUGCUGUUUGAACUCUUUUUCACCUUGAGGCGAGGGCGGGAUCUCGUGGGGAGCGGGGCUUAAGGGAGUGAGCGGGGGUUUUCCCAGAACUAGCCCUUCCUGGCUCCCGCCUGACAUGGACCAACCAUGCCCCCUGCCCAGCGCCAGCCACAUCCCUGCAUGAAUGUACUGCAUACUUCCGGUCCUCCCCUGGUUUGGUUUUUGGGGGGUUGGGGAGGGGUUUUGUUUUGUUUUGUUUUGUUUCUUUUCUUAGGCGGGAACUGCAAAACAGACUCUUUUCUGAGACUAUUUAUCCAAUCCACUGGUCUGUGAAGUUUUUGAGAUGCUUGCAUAGCAUGGUCUCAGUUGUACAGGUUAAUUUCACAACUUUUUGAAAUUGCAGAGCUUAACUCGCCUGGUAAAUUUGCACCAAUGGAACCGAAGAACUUCAGACACUCACAAGGUUAUAUCCAUUUCUUUGUAUCUAUAUCAACGUAUACUUCUCUGAGACUGUAUACGUCCAUAUAGAUAGGUAGAUAUAUAUAUAUAAAUAUAUAUACAUGGAUAUAUAAAAUUUUUUUGCCGGCAUGUUGCCUUGUUUCCGCUUAAAUUGCUCUAUUUUAACUUAUUUAUGUCCUAAAAGAAGAAUGUAAUUUGUUUACAAACCUGUAGAUAACGUCUUCGGCUAUUUGUAUGGUUUAAGAACACUGGUGGCUGAGAUGCUGUAAAAACAGCUCAGCCUGGCAGACACCUCCCUGGAUUGCACCCCUCGAUGUUUUACGAGAGCCAUGCUCUGAUUUUCUUUUGCCUGCUGUUUCCGUUCGAUAAUGUCACUACCGUGGGAGGCAGGAGUCAAGUGUGAGCGGGUAUCCAUCCCGAGGGGUCCAUCAGCGCGCUCAGUAGACAAAGGGGGAGGCGGAGAGAAGUCCUCGUGGGCUCCACGCACUGAUGGCCGGCCGGCCGCAGGGCCGCGGGGUCCGCAAAGCACUGAGUGAAGACUUUCUCGCAAUGAAACUCACUUGAGUUUACUGAGAGCACUUCCAACAGAGGUUCUCUCUGGCGCUGUCUGUGCAGAGACUGAGGUAGUGCGGCAAUAUUAUAAAUGCUGUUGUGUUGAUUUUCUUUUCAGUUAGUAAUUUAGAGGCUUAUUUCCUCAUAGAUUGCAGCAAAUGUGCUGAUGGCCGAUUGGAUGAGGAUCUUAAGGCUUGCUGCUUUUAUUUUUAUUUUUGAAGAAGAAUAGCCUUUUGCUCUGCACUACUUAGAUCCGAACGAACCUUAUGAUGUGUAUAUUGAGAUGUAUUCAGUGUGAUUUUUUUUAAACCAAAUCGUCUUCCUGUAGUCGCAAUAUAUACUGUAGCCUUUGAACAGCAAGUCUUGCUUUCCCAGACAGAAAGCCAUUCUGAAACCCUGCAGUAUCACAGGUGAGAAAAGGUGGUUAUUUCUCCCCCGCCCCUGAGACAAUAACAGCACUAGUAAUCCCACUUAAUAAGAGCUUAUUUAAUUGUAUGUCAGCCUCUUAACUGCUAAGCACUUUGUGGGUAUCAGCUUUUUUCAUAAAAGAACUUUUGUAUUGAAUACAAAGUUUGCUUUGAGACUUUUCAGCAUACGAUCUUUUUCCAUAAACUUGUACAGUGCAAAAGACAUUUUGAAUACCAUGACCGAUGAUGUCCCACGCUUCAAGGAAAACCAAAACGCUUCCCACCUCGCUUGCAAAAUGCAUUCUUCAUACUGACCGUUCCCACGGUUGCUCUGUGUCAGCCCGGGCCCUUCCCUUCUCCAGGCCCAGAGAAUUCUUCCACAAACAAGAUUGAGAGCCACUCGGGAAAAGAGCCAUAGUCAGCUGGGAGGGCAUGUGUCUGGACGGCUGUGGAGAAACCCGAGGGUUUGGGAUCCCGAAACAGCCCAUCCCACCUAGCAAGACCUUCCUGGAAGGAGGACCUUUUUUGAGCAAGAGCAUCUCCUGAAUGUCGAGAAGAAGCAUCUCUGAAUGUAGCCAGCAGAGGGAACUGCGUCCCCUGAAGGGGUGACCAGCCCUCAGACCCGUUUAUUGGAUUCCAAGACCAACACCGCCCACACCGCCCACUGCUCUCCUUCGAGAAAGAUCUGCUCCUGUAGAACCUGGGGCAGCUUUGGAACGUGGUGUGUUUUUUCGUUUCUGUUGUUUUUUGUAGUUUCCUUUUUCGAGGUUCUCCAUCUCUCCCUGUGUUCCGACCGUGUGUCCAUGACCUCAUUCCAUGACACCAGGAAAGCCCGGCUUGCACAUGAGGCCUCCUGCUCAUUUGCAGCCAGGACGCAAGGGAAGCAGGAGGGGUCUCCCAGAGGGGGGGCUCAGCUCCAGGGAGAAUAGGGAGCCAUGGAAGUUAGACUGCCCCCAUGUCAGUGCUGGUCUUUUCUUGUCAGGAAUGAUGGAUGCGCACACACACAUACACACUCAUACCCUCACCCUCACACUUGCACACACACACAGAGGAAAUGACUGGUUUGUCAGAACUCACUGUAGUACAUAAAGCUUGCACUCGGCGUCCUAUAUCUAGCAGCAUGGGGUACGUUUGGCAAUUCACCCCAUUAGGGGGUAAAUAAUUUAUGACCAUUCAUCUGUUUUUAUGAAUUUUUUUAAUCUAGACAAUAAUUGUAAAUAAAGAACUCACCAUCUCUGUUCAUUUAAUACUA